GGCGGCCGCUCCCAGCUCCAGCUUCCCGGGAGCUGCUGCCGAACGCCGCGCGCUGCUCCGAGGCUCCGGCCAAAGCGGCCGCCAGCUCCUCCCCGCCGCGCCCGGGACUGCCGGCGGCUCCGCGCCGGGCUUGGUCCGCAGCGUCAGCGCCGCCCGCCGUGGCCCGGGCUCCGGGCACCAGCAGCUAGCGGCUGGCCUCCGCCUCCCUGCGCUCCCCGGGCGCAGCCGACCCCCGGCCGCGGCGUUCACCUCGCCGAUGCGCGGUCGGUAGCAGUGAUCGGAGCUGUUUUCUCCUUGAUGCUAAGAUCCUGCCAGGCCAGGAGCUCUCCUCCCUUUCCACGGCCAGACACAGCAAUCUGGCCUGCAGGACAUGGGGACGAGGAUCUGAGACCUCCUGUAGCUCCGGCCACUUUCUGUCGUCUGUGGAUUUGGCCUGUGUGGGCCACUGAGCUCCUCCAUUCAAGUACCAAAGAGGAGGAGGGGAGAUCUUUGGAAUGGGCCAGUCCAUUGGCCGUCACCAGCCACCCUGCUGCUGAAGCUGCCCUGCUCAUGUGUGCCCAGGCCGUGGGACCCAGGGCCUGCUAGGGCUAGGAGUGGGGCCCACUAUUCAUGGGUCUCUAGGCCUUUUCGAAAUGCCUGGGAAGGGAGGCUGGGGCUGGUGGUGGGCCCGGCUGCCCCUCUACCUGCUCCUUAGCCUUUAUGGCCCCUGGGUGCCUCCAUCCCUAGGGAAGCCCAAGGGUCACCCCCACAUGAACUCUAUCCGCAUUGACGGGGAUAUCACGCUGGGAGGCCUGUUUCCUGUCCAUGGCCGUGGCUCGGAGGGUAAAGCCUGUGGGGAGCUGAAGAAGGAGAAGGGCAUUCACCGGCUGGAGGCCAUGCUCUUCGCUCUGGAUCGCAUCAACAAUGACCCGGACCUACUGCCCAACAUCACCCUGGGCGCCCGCAUUCUGGACACCUGCUCCAGGGACACCCAUGCCCUCGAGCAGUCACUGACCUUUGUGCAGGCGCUCAUCGAGAAGGACGGCACGGAGGUCCGCUGCGGCAGCGGUGGCCCGCCCAUCAUCACCAAGCCUGAACGAGUGGUGGGCGUCAUCGGAGCUUCAGGGAGCUCGGUCUCAAUCAUGGUGGCCAACAUCCUCCGCCUCUUCAAGGUUAGUGCCCUCCAUGGCCCAGGGUGCCUGGCCUGAGAUUUCUUCCUCCUCCUCCUCCUCCUGACUGUGUAGGAGAGUGUAUGAGAAAGGAGGCAGCCCUCUGGGCUCUCGUGCCUGAUCCUGUGUUGGAAGCCUGGGCAUGGUGGAGUGAGGGUGAGGCUGAGGGAUGGGGCUCGGUGCUGACCGUGGUUCUGAAGCAGCACCCGCCUUGGCUCCCUCUUUAGACCCUGAACCUGGAGGGGGCUGGAAGUGUGAAGGAACAUCAGAGAGAGACAGACAGACAAAUGGAAGACAGGUGGAUCGAUGGAAGGGCAGACAGACAAAAUAUAGACUGGAAACCACGGCGUUGCAGAUUGCCAGGGGAUAAAGCAAGACUUUUGUUUUGACAUUGUUUUCAAAUAAUUGCAAUCCCCAAGAAAGAUGUGUUUUCUUCUGGUUAGUUGAGGAAGCCCCUGGUGGCUCUCCCAGCCCGCCCUUCAGUUCCGGCUAGAGAAGAGU